CGCUCCACGGGGCCCAGACCAGUCGCGGCGGCCAUUUGCGGAUGUGUAGUCGGCGGUACCGGUUGUUCGUGUCGUUGUGUGUACGUGCGUGUACAGUCCUCAUCGAGUGCGACGCGAAUAUUCGUAAUAAUAAUAUUAUUAUUUUUGUGUCGAUAUAAAUGAUAUUAUCAUUCGUUUUUGAUAACGCGGAAGAUUUUUGAUUUCAUCGCCCUGGUUAAUUUGUUGUACCGUCCGUUUUUCUCAUCCGUACUGUUACCCGUUCUUCGGUCGACAACAAUCUAUAAUAUUAUAUCCGUUCAUUGUAAUCAUCGUUAUCGUUGUUGUCACCCCAUAAAGGUAUAUUAUGCGAUUCUCGAAAUUUUAUUUUUGUAUUUUAUUAAAAUUGAUAACGGAAAAUAAAAUUUACAGUAACGUUUAAUAACCCGUUUCGAUUUGUGGCUGGUGUUAACGCAUAUUUUUUUUGUUUUCGGUUGAAACCGUCGACGGGUCGUAGUAAUUUGUGUGCGAGUUAUUUUUUUUUAAAAAAUUUUAUUUUUACUUAUCUCACGGGUGGCGUCACCCGCACCCGCAUUGUGCGCGUUUCCCACAACCGUGUGUCGGCAUGAAGGAGGUGGUGUCCGUUAACCCGUCGCCGCCGCCGCCCCAGCCGCAGCUGAUAAGGGCCAAACAACCAGGAUACUUGGACCUGACGGCCGAACAGAUAGACAGACUCAUCAGCAAGGAUCCCAUCGAUAAGGAUUACGACGUAGAAACUGAACCAUUUGCCAGGGGCAAAUAUGCGACGGUCAGGAGGUGUCGAGACAAACAGACCGGUAAACAGUAUGCGGCUAAGUUCCUGCGGAAACGCCGGCGGAACGCCGACCUGCGACCCGAAAUCCUACACGAGGUGGCCGUGCUGGAAGCGUGCACAUACAACAGCCGCAUCGUCAACCUGUACAAAGUGUUCGAAACCAGCACCGAAAUGAUAUUGCUACUAGAACUAGCACCUGGUGGUGAGCUUCAAAUGGUCCUAGACAGGGACGAAGUACCGUCUGAACCAGAGGUAGCCCGACUUAUGCGACAAAUACUUGACGGGUUGCAUUACUUGCACACCAUAAACGUGGCGCAUCUUGACAUCAAGCCACAAAAUCUUGUAUUGACUGCCGACUUCCCAAACUGUGAUGUAAAACUAUGUGACUUUGGCAUAUCCAGGUACCUGAGCGAAGGAGCCGAUGUGCGAGAAAUACUCGGCACACCCGACUACGUUGCCCCCGAAGUGCUUAACUAUGAACCAAUUGACGUUCAAACCGACAUGUGGUCCAUUGGAGUCCUACUGUACGUACUGUUGACCGGGUGCUCGCCGUUCGGCGGCGACACCAAACAGGAGACGUUCUGCAACAUAUCACAAUGCAAACUCGAUUUUCCUGAAGAUCUAUUUCAGGAUAUAUCUGAGGAUGCUAUUGAUCUCAUGAAGAAGCUGAUGGUGAAAAACCCAAGGGAUCGCCUCACUGCCAAGGACUGUUUGGAACACGGUUGGUUUCAUAGGACGCAGACGAUGACGUCGGCGGCGUGCACUACGCCCUCGAGAAUAUUCAACGGACAAGACGGCGGCGGAAGCAGCAGCAGCAACGCGUCCGACUCGUCGAUUUGUGCGGUAGUAACCAACACCCUCUCAGACGUCGUAGACCGUGUCACGACCGGUAACACCACCCCCGUGACGACAGCUAUUAAGCACCAGCAACAUCAACAAAAUCACCAGCAACACCAACAAAAACCACACCACUUACACCAACAACCUCAGCAACAGAAAAAGUUUGCCGCCCUGUCCAAGAGCUGCGACAACACGCCCGUGCCGGCGAUGAGCGCAUCUCGGCGCAAGUCGUUUAAGGACAACAUGGAGUCGCUGGUCCGGCGGUUAGAUCGCGAACUUGUCGACACCUGUCAACGGACGGAAUCGAAUCCGUCACCUCCACACGCCGCCGCCGCCGCCCCGUCGUGUCGGACGCUGAGUCGGGCCAACGGCACGCAGACGAUGCCCGUCGGAGGGCUGGCGCGCGUCAACGGCCGCGACAUGGUGCCGUUCACAUUCCGCAGGGUGUACGUGGUGGACGAACCGUCACCGCCGUCGUCGCCGUCGUCUCAGCUGCUCAACCACCCGGAAUACCACCACCGGCCGCGGGCGCCGUCCACGUCGUCGACGCCGAACAGCAGCAGCGCCGACACCUCGUCCGUGAGCGACUGCAGCAGCGACACCGUCAGCGAGUUCUCUAUCGAUUCGAGCAGCGACCGGUCCAGCAUCAUAUCGCUGGAAGACUCGCUGGACCAUCCUUCGUCAUCGUCUUCAUCUUCCUCGUCGUCGUCGUCGUCGUCGUCGUCGUCUUGGUGUCGAUCGACGUCUGCCGACCUGUUGCAGCAGUCUCGGAGGCUGGGCAAAAUGUCUGCGUCGUGCUUCAACGUCUGGGACACUUCCGGCGGCGAUCGCAGAAAAUGGCCAAAGGAGUGCAGCGGUGCCGUGGCCCGGGCCAUGUCGCAGUUCGCCAACGGAUGCGGCGACUGUCGGCCGGCCGCCCGACUCAGGGUGUUCGAUGACAAGUCCGGUAGCGUGUCCCCGCCCGGACCGCGGGACAACCGGUGCGUAGGCCUGGAACUGAUGCGCGAGCGAAACGGCAACGUGGUGGUGAUACGCGAAAUAAAGGCCAACGGCGGCAGCGGCCGAUACGCCCGGUGCAGCGAACUCAAGUGCGAGACGGUCCAGUCGCGGAUACGCAAACUCCAAGUGCACCGCGCCGUGCCCGCCGCCCGAACGGUGCUGGACAAGUCGUCGUCGCCGCUGUCGACGUCGGACCUGUUCUGACGGCCCGCCGCCGCCGCCGCCGCAUCUAGUCCGCAGCAACAGCCUUAUUGUUAUUAUUAUUAUUAUUAUUACUAUUAUCACACGGUUAUUUUUCUUAUUAUUUUACUAAUAUUAUUACUGUUAUCAUCCUUUUCGUCGUCGCCAUCGUCUUUCUCUUUCUCUUCGUCGGCGGACGGCGGCGGUGGCGGUGAGCUGCGAAUUCGUUUCGACUCUCGUCCCACGUCGUGCUCGAAACCCGAUAAUUAUACGCGUUUUAGCCUACCCGUUAACUAUUAAAAUAUCAUAUGAUACUUGUAACGAAAUGUUGAACGUAAUACGUUUGUAUGAGAUGUAUUAUAAUAUAUGCGAUUCUUCGUCUAUUUAUUUAUUCCUCCUCCUCCCCCCCCCAAGACAUUUUAUAAUAUAUUCUCUUCCCUAUCUUCAUAUCUUAUAUAAACGUGUUUAUUAUAAUUAAUAUUAAUA